CGCUGCGCGCAGCCACCGAGCACCCGCUGAGGUUGCAGCCAUGGACCAAGUGUCGUCUUCCAUGGCCAAGUCAGCCCACGGAGCCAGCCGGUCCGAGGCCCUGGAGGCCCAGCACCAGCUCCCCCACCCCACCGGUGUCUUUCAGGUUGCAGAAAAGAUGGAAAAAAGGACAUGUGCACUCUGCCCCAAAGACAUCGAGUAUAGUGUCCUAUACUUUGCACAAUCAGAGAAUAUAGCUGCUCAUGAAAAUUGUUUGCUGUAUUCUUCAGCACUUGUGGAAUGUGAGGAUCAUGAUCCACGUAAUCAAGACAGAAAUUUUGAUGUGGAAUCAGUAAAGAAAGAAAUCCACAGAGGACGGAAGUUGAAAUGCGCAUUUUGUAAUGAAAGAGGAGCCACCGUGGGAUGUGAUUUAAAAGCCUGUAGCAAGAGUUACCACUUUUUCUGUGCCAAGAAUGACCACGCAGUUCUACAAACUGAUGGAUCUCGAGGAAUUUAUAAAUUGCUGGGUCAAAAACAUCAGUCUUUUCCUUUAUGGAUUCUGGUUUCUACAUGAUUUAGAUUUUCAACUGAUUUUUCAGGACUGAAAAGAAAAAGAGGAAGGAAGAAAUGUCUCUCAACAGACAUUCAUAUAGAGCCACCUGAAAUGUUGACAUUAGACAGAUUCACAAAACACAUGAAGGAAGAGGAUGGCAGACACACAGAUGCAGCUGUGAAGAUUGAUUUUCUUAAGAAAUGUAAGGAAGUGGGGCUUCUUAAUGAUUUAUUUGAAGAACUAGUAGACAAACUUCAUUUGAUUCAAGAAAGACUCAUGGGUGACACUGCUUCUGAUUCAGACUAUGAAGAAAUCGGGACUUCACUUUUUGACUGUAAAUUGUUUGAAGACACAUUUGUAAAUUUUCAAGCAGCAAUACAGAAGAAAAUCCAUCAACAUGAAGAAAGGCAGCAGCAACUGAAGGAAGAGAUUGAGGUACUUCAGGUCUUAAACCAAACCAUGUACUUUCUUCAAGAAGAUAGAGACAUGAGGUCAAGUUCUACUUCAGUAUCUUCUGUGUCUUCUAAGGAUUACCAUUUCCUAAACCCGGAAUGAGGCUCAGUUGCAAGCAGGCUGCAAACUGAAGACCUGACCUGUGGAAGCCACACAUCUUUAGAACUAGGCCUCUCCUGUCUCUCUGGACUUCAAGCUUCAAUCCUCAUCAACUCUUACCUGUUCUUGCUGAUUGACAUUUCAUUUGAUCCUGCCUCCCUCUUAUUAUCAUCUCACUUCUGCUCUCCAAUGAAAUGUUUCUCAGAUUCUACUUGAGUAAACUGGAUCACACCUCCCAUCUCUCCCACCCUCUGCACUGAAAAUCCUCUGGUAGCUUCAUGCUGGUGCACCCCCCGUUCCCCCACUCCAGUGAUCUACAUUGAUUCCAGUAACACACAGGGUGCUCCUGGAAGUAAAGGCUCCCCAGGGCCUUUGCACAUCUUGCUGUGAAGCCUUACCUGCUCUUUUACCUUUCUCUGCCUGUUCCUCCUGCAGAUCUCACUAUACCAGUUCUACCACUCAUUUCAUCGGAGUACUUUUCCUUCCCAUCACUUCCCAGUGUAACCCACUGUAUCUUAGUUAGGGUACAAGCUCUCUGAGGGCAAAAAUUCACUAUUCCUGUGUUUUGCUCCCAACACAUUCCCAGCACCUAGCAUGCUCAAUAAAUGUUAAAUAAAUGCAUAAACUGUUCUUAUCCUUUGAGACUAGUUCCAGCUUAUAAUGAGAUAUAAUAAAUUUGAAUAUUUUUACUCCACUUGUACCAA